GGAAUUGAACUUGGGACCCUUCGGUCGCAGGCCGACGCUCUAUCCACUGAGCCAAACCGGUCAGGGCAAAGUUCAAAGUUCUUAACCAACUUCCAUGGACUGAUUCUAUCUUUGGUCAGUCUUGCUACAGCCACACUGGCUUCUUAACUGCUCCACCAAUAAGUAGCAUAUCUGAAUGCUUCAGCCACAGGGCCUUUGGGCUGUCUGUGUCCUCCGCCUGGAAUACUCCUCCAGGUAUCCCUAUGCUCACUCCCAACUUUCAGGUCUCUGCUCAAAUGUCUCCUCAGUGAGAGGUCCCUGACUACUCUUACUGUAACCCACACCCCACCUCCCAUUCCACCAUCCUCCUUAUCUUGCUCAACUUUUUCCGUGACAUUUAUCACCACCUAACAUAAGAAAUGUAUUUAGUUCCUAUGUUUAUAGGAAUCUGCCUUCCCCACUAGAAUGUCAAGUCCUCAGGGACAGGGACUUUGCCUUGUUCCCUGCAGUAUCACUCAUGUCUAAACCCAUAAUAGGAGUUGGCCACAUAGUGGAUGUUCGGUAUUUGUUGAAAAAGAAAUCGGUUCAGAAAUGGGGAGAGGAAAAGAGUUAAAACUUCAAGACACACAAGAAAAAAAAAUGAUGUUAACUAAACUUAUAAUAAUCAUUUCACAUUUUACACAUAAUUAUGUUGUAGACCUUGGACUAAUACAGUACAAUGUUAUAUGGUAAUUAUAUCUAAGUGAAACUGGAAAAAAAUCCAAGACAGAAACUCGGGGCAAGAGGCAGUUGCGCCAUAUACCAGUAGAGGACCCACAGCCUGAUACUUACACAAGCCUUAACUGAGAUCUGCAGAUCCUAUGAAAUGUGCAGGCAUCUAAAAGGCGAUACCACCCUCUAGUGGCCAAUAAAAACGGCACCUCCCCAUGCUGCAGAACACUCCUUAACCGAUGAUCACCAGAAUCCCUGGAGUCUUUCCAGCCCGAAAAUCGAAAUGUUCAUUCCUCUAAGUGAUACAGAUUUAUACAAUGUUUAAGAUUUAUAAAAGCUGAGGAGGAAAAAAAAAAAAUCAAAACUGCUCCAGGUGAGGAUCGAACUCACAACCUCGGCAUCGCUCCGCUUUGCACUGUCUUAUAAGUACCGCGCGCUAACCGAUUGCGCCACUGGAGCUCCGGCCGCACCCUUUCGCCGUGGGGUCCUUCAGUUAUUCUCGGCCACAUGACCUCCCUGGACAGUUAUGUUUCGCAAUGUAUAUGCAAAUAUAAAUUUUUUGGUUGGUCAAUAGGAGAAAGUGUGUGACCAGCUCCUGAUUCUCACGCCUGGAAGGCCCUUGCUGAAAAAAGGAAAAGUCCGCGAGGCGUUUGGAAUGUGGAAGGAGUGUAGCCUGCCUUGGACUCGCCUUCUUAUGAAUAUUCAGAACCUAAAGAGAAGGUGUUUUAACCCCGGGCUGGCCGGCCGGAAGCCGGUCCCUUCCCCCCACCCCCCCACCCCCGCGGGCGGGAACAGGAUGUGAGCCCAGGCGGCUAGGGGGAGGGGAAGCCCAAGGCGACCGUCCCCAGCCCCACAGCUGGGACGGGGUCUCCCACUGCAGAAGUGGCGCUGCCACCGCUUCUGCUUGAGACCCGUGCCGCCCAUCCUGGACCUCUUAGGCUCCAGAGCCGCGAGCUCGGGCGACCCUAGUCACUGCACCGGGUCUAGAGAGACUCCGCAGCACAGGCUCCGCGUGCAGGUUAGAGGACUCCAGAUACCCAGGUGCCCAGCGCCUCCUCCCUGAAGGAGCCGAGAGCCCGGGACAUCAGCCCCCGCGACCCUGGAGGGCGAGCUCCCGGGGUUCCCAGAAACCUGAGCCCAAGACUCCCGGGGUUGGAAGAACUUGGGUUAUGGACUGCUAGCGCCCCAACCACUUGUGCCCACUACUUCAAGGGCACCCAGGAGUUUGGGACUCGCUGCACUCCAGCCUGGAGGAGGUGUAAUUCCUGCUACUAGAGUUAGGGGAACGCAGGAAUCCGUGCCAUCCACCGCCCUAUCUAGAAGUCUCAGGAAUUUGGGUCCCUAGCAUCCCCAUCUGAGACUCAAGAUUCAGGCUCCCAGCAUCCUCCAUUUAGAGGACCAAGAAAUUCGGACUCGGCAGCCCAUUUUCCAAGAGACCUCGGAUUCUGGCUCCCGGAGCCUGAGAGCCCGAAGUUUACACCCCUGACUUGCAGAGAGAUCCAGGGACCCAGGAGUCGGCUCCGCGCCUCCCCAGGGACCAUGCUAGGGAUCAGAUAGGAGCUGGGCUGCCUCGGUUCGGGGCCGGAGACUGCCCGGGAGAAGCCGCUGAGCCACGCAGCCAUGCCAGAGGGAGCCCGUGGACUGAGCCUGUCCAAACCCAGCCCUCGCCUUAGCCCCCGCCACAGAGGUGAAGUGUGUGACUGUGCAACUGUGUGUGAGACUCAGACAGCAGCCUCCGCAACCCCCGCCAUGGCCUCCCUUCGAGGUUCUGGGAGCUCCACAUCCUUGAGCACAGUGGGCUCUGAGGGGGACCUGGCCCCAGGGCCCACCCCUGCCUGCUUAGCCUCCAGACCGGAGCCCCUUCCAGGGCCCCCCAUCCGCCUGCAUCUGUCUCCUGUGGGGACCCCUGGUUUGGUGAAACCCUCAAGGCUGGAGCGUGUGGCCCGUGAGAUCGUGGAGACGGAGCGGGCCUAUGUCCGGGACCUCCGCAGCAUCGUGGAGGACUACCUGGGCCCCCUGCUGGAUGGCGGGGUCCUGGGCCUGAGCACGGAGCAGGUGGGCACGCUGUUUGCAAACAUCGAGGACAUCUACGAGUUCAGCAGCCAGCUCCUGGAGGACCUGGAGGGCAGCAGCAGUGCAGUGGGCAUUGCAGAGUGCUUCGUGCAGAGGAGUGAAGAUUUUGACAUCUACACAUUGUACUGCAUGAACUACCCAAGCUCCCUAGCCCUGCUCCGGGAGCUGUCGCUGUCUCCACCAGCAGCCCUGUGGCUGCAGGAGCGCCAGGCCCAGCUCCACCACUCACUGCCCCUGCAGAGCUUCCUCCUGAAACCUGUUCAGCGCAUCCUCAAGUACCACCUGUUGCUGCAGGAGCUGGGCAAGCACUGGGUUGAGGGCCCGGGCACCGGGGGCCGCGAGAUGGUAGAGGAGGCUAUCGUGUCCAUGACAGCAGUUGCCUGGUACAUUAACGACAUGAAGCGCAAGCAGGAGCACGCUGCGCGCCUCCAGGAAGUGCAGCGGCAGCUGGGCGGCUGGACCGGCCCGGAGCUCAGUGCUUUCGGGGAGCUGGUGCUGGAAGGCUCAUUCCGAGGUGGCGGAGGGGGUGGCCCCCGACUUCGAGGGGGUGAGCGGCUGCUCUUUCUAUUCUCACGGAUGCUGCUCGUGGCCAAACGCCGGGGGCCAGAAUACAUCUACAAGGGUCACAUCUUUUGCUGCAACCUGAGUGUGAGCGAGAGUCCUCGUGACCCUCUAGGGUUCAAGGUGGCCGAUUUGACCAUUCCCAAGCACAGGCACCUGCUUCAGGCCAAGAACCAAGAAGAGAAGAGACUGUGGAUUCACUGUCUCCAGCGUCUCUUCUUUGAGAACCACCCUGCCUCUAUCCCAGCCAAGGCAAAACAAGUUCUUCUUGAAAACAGUCUGCACUGUGCUCCUAAAAGUAAGCCUAUCCCAGAGCCUGUGAUCCCCCUACUUGGGUCUCCCCGACCUCGAGAUGCUAGAAGUUUCACCCCUGGACGAAGGAACACAGCUCCGUCUCCAGGCCCCUCCACUGCCCGCCAUGGCCGUAGACAGUCUGAGCCAGUGAAGGACCCUUAUGUCAUGUUUCCACAGAAUGCUAAGCCUAGACUCAAGCAUGCUGGCAGUGAGGGGGAGCUCUACCCCGCUUUAGAGCCUCAGCAAUCGGGUCCAGCUUCUGGACCUGCUGAGGACUUGGAAGACACUGGACCCCCCACGCUGGACCCCUCUGGGACCUCAAUCACUGAAGAAAUCCUGGAACUGCUGAACCAAAGAGGCCUCCGAGAUGCAGGGUGCCCACUACAGCCACCUCCCCACGACAUUCCCAAGUUCCCUGGAGACUCCCAAGUGCCCCGUGAUGGUGAAAGUCUCACAUUCCCAGCCCUGCCCAGCCGGGACUCUUCAGAAGAGGAGGACGAAGAGCUGGAGAUGGACGAACGGGGCCCUUCCCCACUCCAUGUCCUAGAGGGACUCGAAGGCUCCGGUGCAGCUGAAGUUCCCGACAUUCCUGGCCUUACCAAAAAUCCUGCCGUGUCCACCCUCCCUGAAAUGUCUAGCCUUUCUGAAAUUCCUCCAAUUCCCUGCCUUCCCAGUCUCUCUGACAUUUCCAGUGUUUUUGAAAUGCCCUGCCUUCCAGUCAUACCUAGUGUCCCCGACAUUCCUGGUCUCUCCAGCCCUCCCACCCUUCCCUGUGACUCUUGGCUGCAUGGCCCUCUGCAGGAGCCAGAUGAGGCUCUAGCCACCAGGAGAGAACUGUUCUCUGAAGACCGUGCCGGGAAACUGGGAGAGCCCUCCUCAGACGGCAGGGCAGGGCAGGCAAGGGAGGAGGAGGAUGGGGUAUCAUUUCCAGAUUUCCAGCCCCAGGAUGGUACCCAAGAUCAGGAUGAGCUGGGAUUCCGCUCUUGCUCAGAAAUCCGGAGUGCCUGGCAGGCUCUGGAGCAGGGGCAUUUGGCCCGGCCAGGUUUCCCAGAACCGCUGCUGAUUCUGGAAGAUUCAGAUCUGCGAGGAGGGAGUGGGAGUGGAAAGGCUGGAGCCCCCAAUACAGAGCGGGCCGCAUCCCGAGUUCGAGAGUUGGCCCGGCUUUACAGUGAGCGGAUCCAGCAGAUGCAGCGGGCUGAGACUCGGGCAUCGGCCAAUGCUCCCCGCCGCAGGCCACGGGCUCUGGCCCAACUCCAACUGUCCCCCUGCCUGCCCCAUGAGCAGGCCGAGCCAGGGCCCCUGCCUGCAUUUGGACAUGUGUUGGUAUGUGAACUGGCCUUCCCGCUGACUUUGGCCCAGGAAUCUGUCCCCCUGGGCCCUGCUGCCCAGGUUCAAGCUGCUGCACCCCUGUCUAAGCAGGGAGGCAGCCUGGGUGGCCAGGGUCUAGAUGUUUCCAGUUUGCCUGAGCAAGACCAUAGGGGCAUCCGGAUUCCAGAUGCUACCACUUUGCCUGAGCAAGGCCUCUGGAACGUCCAGAUUCCAGCCACCACACCUUUUCCCAAGCAGGAAGGCCCGGAUGUCCAGGUCCCAGCUAUUACAUCUCUACCUGAUCAAGAAGGCCACCCGGAAAUGCACAUUUCAACGACCACUCCUUUGCCUGCGCAUAGAGGCCACAGGGAUAUACAGCUUCCGGCUACCACCUUUUUCCCUCAGCAAGAAUGUCAGAUGGACAUCCAAGUUCCAACCACCCCAGCUUUGCUGAAGCAGGGAAGUUGUUCUCGUGUCACAGGUUUAGCCACCUCUCCUAUGCCCAAGCAAGAAGACCGCCGAGACUGCCAAAGUCCAGCCAGCACCCCAUUAACUAAGCAGGGAGGUUUCAGGGAUGUUCGGUCCCCAGCCACUGCCUGCAGCCAAGCCGCUGACCCUUUGCUUCUGCAUGAAAGCAGCCUGGACCAUCAGAUCCCCGCCAACACCCCACUGCCCUUGGAACCUGACCUCCCAGACAUUCAGGUUCUGGGUACCUCACCUUUGCCUGUAUAUGGAAGCCACCUAGACCAUCAGAUCCCAGCCAGUGCUCCAUUGUCUUUGCCCCAGGAUCUCCCAGACAUUCAGGCUCCAGCUGCCAUAGCCGUGCCCCAGCCACAAGGCCUCAUGGACACACGGGUCCAAGCAUUCGCACCUUUGCCCAAGCAGGGAGACCUGCCCGACAUCCAGGCUGCCACUGCUGUACCUUUGCUCCAGGAGCAAAGCCUCACAGACCUUCAGGUCCCAAAACCUACACCUUUGUUGGAGCAGAAGAGCCUCACAGACAUCCAUUUUACAGCUGCCACUCCUCUGCCUGAGCAAGGAAGCUCAUGGGACAUUCAGGGCCUGUCACCCACCCCAGUUCAGACCACUGUGGCUUUGUCAAAACCAGAAGGCCACCCUGUCUCUCCCGUUGCCAGGUCAGAGUCUUCAGACUUGACUCCACCCCACAGUCCCUCACCCCCAACCCGUCAGCUCCUGGGUCCCAACGCAGCUGCUCUCUCAAGAUACCUGGCAGCCUCAUACAUCAGCCAGAGCCUAGCUCGGAGGCAGGGACCUGGGGGAGAGGCCCCCCAAGCUUUCCGGGGUUCCUGGUCCUCUUCUGCCCCCACAUCACGGGCACCUUCACCGCCGCCCCAGCCCCAGCCCCCACCACCUCCAGCCAGGAGGCUCAGCUAUGCCACCACAGUCAACAUCCAUGUCGGGGGUGGCGGGCGGCUACGGCCAGCCAAGGCCCAGGUCAGGUUGAACCACCCUGCUCUAUUAGCUUCCACCCAGGAAUCUGCGGGCUUUCGCAGAGCCCAGGGGGCUCCUGAUGCCCCUUUCCACAUGUGAGCCAGGAUAUCGGGCUUCUUAAAAAGCAAGGACUUCAACCAAAUGCCACAGACUCUCAGAACUUCACCCAGAAGUCCAGACACUGAAGACAAGUCUAAAAUUGCUGCAGCUUUCCAACUUCUAGGUCUGCUUUGGCAAGUGGUCCUUAUUACUUACCUUGAUUAACUCAGCAGGGAUGGGGAUGGGGAUUUCAUUAAUAUUUUGUUAAUUAAUA